GCAGCCCGAGGCAACUCUCCACUCGCUUUUUGUACCGUAAUCACUACGACGGGACUGUUGAAAAUUGCAUCAGAGCUAUAAAACAGUCACAAAGACUUGCAUUCCUCCAGAAUGAGAGUCCUCUGUGUGGCUGAGAAGCCCUCCAUAUCCAAAGCUGUGGCUACACAUCUCUCUGGAGGCCGUAUCGAAACGAACAAUACAAGAAACAAGUACAUCAAGAACUACUCAUUCGAUUUCGACUUUGGCCGUCAAUUGGGCAAUUGCUCUGUUACCAUGACAUGUGUCACUGGACACUUAACCAACGUCGACUUUACUCCAGCUCACAAAAACUGGUAUCAACCACCUCCAGAGUCAUUGUUCACCGCCCCUAUUGUCACGAGUGUCAGCGAAGACAAGAAGACAAUUGCCCAGAAUUUAGAAUCGCAAGCAAGAUAUGCCCAAGCUCUAGUAAUCUGGACAGAUUGUGAUCGUGAAGGAGAACACAUCGGCAAUGAAAUUGUCGAAGCCGCUCGAAAGGGUAAACCUGGUAUCCAGGUUUUACGAGCAAGGUUCAGCAAUGUCGAGCGAGCUCAUGUUAUCUCAGCAGCCAAGAACCUUGCAACUUUGGAUGAGAGGCAGGUCCAUGCUGUAUCUGCAAGAAUCGAGCUGGAUCUUCGUAUUGGAUAUGCAUUCACCCGUUUUCUCACAAACAACUUACGGCCUCUCGGAGGACCUAUGGAGAAGCUGACUCUGAGUUAUGGGUCUUGCCAGUUCCCAACCCUUGGGUUUGUCGUGGAUCGUUACUUUCGUGUGAAAAAUUUCGUUCCUGAGCCGUUCUGGAGCAUAAAACUGAUGCACACCCGAGAUGGUAAAAAGGUCGAUUUCUUCUGGCUACGGAAUAGGCUGUUCGAUCGAAUGUCCACAGUGAUUCUCUAUGAGAGAUGCCUCGCAGCCAAAACAGCAACAGUGACAAAAGUUCAGCAGAAACCCACUCGAAAGUUCAAACCAUUGCCUCUGACAACCGUUGAAUUACAAAAGGCUGCGACGAGGUUACUCCAGAUGAGCGGACAGCAGGCCAUGACCAUUGCUGAAGGUCUAUAUAACAAGGGGUUCAUCAGUUACCCCCGAACGGAGACAGACCGGUUCGAUAAAGGGAUGAAUCUCCGUGCUCUGGUUGAGAAGCAAACCAGCGACCAGAGAUGGGGCUCAUUUGCACAGAAUCUUGCCAGUGGUGCUUUCAAACAACCAAGAGAGGGAAGACAUGACGAUAAGGCACAUCCUCCUAUUCACCCUAUCACAUAUGCCUCGCCUUCCAUCUUGAGUCGCGACGAGGCUCGUUUAUACGAGUAUGUUGCGCGCAGAUUUCUUGCAUGCUGCUCAGAUGAUGCCCACGGUAUGGCCACUGAUGUUGAGCUUGAAUUUGGAGAGGAGCGUUUCAAUGCUCAUGGAGUCAUUGUGCUAGAGAGAAACUACCUUGACGUGUUCAUUUACGAAAAAUGGAAUAACACAGUGGAACUUCCGAAGUUCACAGAAGGUGAGCGCUUUCAGCCAACGGAGGCUAUGAUGACAGAAGGGAAGACCACAGCGCCUGGUUACCUGACGGAAGCCGAUUUGAUCGCUCUCAUGGAUGCCAAUGGGAUCGGCACAGAUGCUACCAUGGCCGAGCAUAUCCAGAAGAUCCAGGACAGGGAAUAUGUCGCUACGAUCAGCCGAUCAGGUCAAACAUCGGCAGAUGAUGAGGAUGCGGACACAAGUACGUCCACAAGAGGUCGUGGACGUGGACGUGGCGGUCGAGGUGCCAGAGGUGGACGCGGUGGUUCAUCAUCAUCAGGCGGCCGAGGCGGCUUGAAAGUCUUUGUCCCUACGCAGCUUGGAGUGGCUCUAAUCUUAGGAUUUGAUCGAAUGAACUUCGAAACCAGCCUUGGUAAACCAUUUCUCCGGAAGGAAAUGGAAAUCAAGAUGAAGGCUAUCUGCGAAGGUCGUACCAACAAGGAAGUCGUCUUACGGGAAAGCCUCGCUCAGUACAAGCAUGUGUUUGAGCAGUCCCAACAGAAACUAGGAGUCCUACGAACGGUAUGUCCCAUAUGCUACACAAACUCGGUUCAUCGUAUCACUGACCUGAUCAAUUAGGCAUGCCGCGAGUUUGUCUUUGGCUCAUGAGAUUCAUGCCCUCGGUAUUCAGGGCAUGUUAACCCUUAGUUGAUGCCACACUCACAAUUUAGAACUCGGGCAAUCUUCGAGGAUAUCUGGGGUUGAGUUGCCAACCUUGGAAGUUGACGACAUUACGAGCUUACCUGCACCCCCAUUGUCUCAUUUGUGGGUCGCUAGACUUGUGAAGUUGUGAGAUUCAAAUCCGACUUGGAGCCUAUCAGCUGGUGGAUCAUGCACACGUACGAUCUGAAUGAUGUGAUUUGGGUAUCGUCAACGAUGGCCUCGAAACAUGGCGGCGGCAUAUAUAUCAAACCACCCCUCAGUUGAGAUGUACUUGGCGGCGGCGGCGGGGUUGGCUCAGCUGCAGCUGUAACCAUGUCCCAAAGAGUCACAGUGGUGUAAGCAUGGCAGUGACGAGUCUGCUGAACUCGGUAAUAGACAGGCGAGACAGGGAAGCUUUGUGCGUCAACCACCUGGUUGGGAACGAAUGGACGAGGUCACUCAAUGUGGAGGUCUUCGGAGCGGGAUAGAACGGGAUCGCCAACGGCACAGGAGCCACCGGCCCCCGCACGACGCGAUAUCGUAGCCUCGGGCUUCAAGAGCGCGGGGCAACGGGAUUGAUGGAUUGAGUCCGCAUCCCUUCCGUUCUUCCCUAUCGAUGCGCGGGGAAGAGGCUUUUUUAUGAGGUGCCCACGGCGCAGCAUUGUCCAACGUGGGGUUUUAUCAAUGGAUGACGGGUCACACUGGCGCCCAAGGAUGAUUUUCCUUGGUUUGAUGAAACAUCAAGAGGGGGAGGCUUUGUCGCCAUGAUCCAUCGGCUGGUCGGUGCCUCCACCAUGUGAAGCAGACUCGCUGUUGGACGACGAUACCGGCAUCUAGAAAGGUGACGAACUUGAGUCGGUAAUACUGACGGCAUCGUGAGUCCAAUCACAGAGAAGGACCUUGGCAACGUGACAGUAACACAUCAAGGAUGGCUUCCUUAGAUGAUGGUUAGUACUUGAAUUCCAGUACAUCUGACACAACAAAUUGCCUUGAUUUGCAAAAGGAGAAAGUACGCGAAUGCAUCUAUGUACGAACUUGGACACAGCCAUCGACAUCAAUACGAAGGCUCCGAGAAUGGCUAUGAUUACGUGGGAUUGGCCAAGGAACAACUUGCGAAUGCAGACAUAGUGGGAUAUGGCUUUCCAGUGAAUACAUGAGUACUUCGGUCAAGCCGGUAAACUCGAUGGUGGUGUCGUAUCUUUGGAAUUGAUGAUUAGGGUUGGUUAUUCACCACAAAUAACGCCAGCACCAGGCGCCCGCGCGGUCACAAGGGAGACGAGUCUUGAUAUGAAGCGAUUGCACAAAUGGCCAAGCCGAAGAGAGGACCGUAUGAGCAAUAUCUCAAAAACAGUACCACGGGAACAGUCGCAGGUGUGCCCACGCCCUGGAUACGGUUUUAGGAACACGCCCCCAUCGCGAUACACACGGGAUUCCACAGCUGGAACACGGGUGGCUUUGGGUUCGCCGGGAGCGUGCCUCUCUCAUGCUUCUAGCCCUACACACUUACGAACAAAGAGUUUGGAUCACGCAGGUACGUGUCAAAUUAGGCACACAACAAUAUUCCAGAAAUUCAAGUUUGAUGCCCUGUCUCAGUCCUCCUUUUCAAAGCACCAAGGGCUCACUAACAGCAGCCGGACGAAAUUAG